UCAAAUCAUAAUUUGUUGUGGUAGUGUCGGGUUUGCGAUAUCGUUUUCUUAUUAAAUUAAUACUUAACAUGGAUUUCUUCACAUCAAUUCCAACGCAUAUUGACUACGUUGGCCAAGCCAAAGCCGAGAAACUUUACAGAGCGAUAAUAACUUUGUUCAGUAUAGUUGGGUUCGCGUGGGGUUACAUCGUCCAGCAGUUUUCACAAUCCGUGUACAUUUUGGGAGCCGGUUUCAUCUUAGCUGCUAUCCUGACUGUUCCCCCAUGGCCUAUGUACCGCCGCAACCCGUUGUACUGGCAGAACCCCAGAAACGCAGAAGAGAAACCAUCGGGUAAAAAAGGAAAGAAAUAGUAGUACUACCCCUACUAUUCCCAAAUUUGUUUAAUACCAUGACCCUAAUUGGAAUUCUAAACAGCUGUGUAUUUCUUUACUCUCAAAUAAAAUAGCUUAUAAGGUU